UCUCUGUUGGCGUGUCAUUCGGCCGCCAGCUGCCAACGGGAGGGAGGAGCAAUGACCUCCCCUCUGGAUCAGUGGUACUGGCUGAUCCGUCNUACGGGAUGUGCAGACAAAUUGGUCUUACGAUUACCAGAGGAGAGUGGAAUCGACAGAACUGGUGUCUUUUUCUCUGAGAUGAUCAAGAAUAACACCAGUACCAGGAUACAUAUCGUCAUCCUAGCCAAAGGAAAUAACGUUCACGUGCGUCCCAUUCAACUAACACAGACAGCAAAUAUCGGAGAAUUCGUAAUGCUACAAAUGCGCGAUGUUAACUCGCCUAGCACCGACUACAGGUGGAGGCAUAAUGGAGGUGUCAUCAUUGAAUCUUGGAACAACCUUCUAAACGUGUCAAUUCCAAACGUAACUGUGGAGAGUGAGGGGAUAUACGCCUGCUUUGCUUUAUAUCAGGAAAUGAAACAACUGCAUGGCAUCAUGAGACUAAUAGUUAGAGGUUGUCCCUUUGGUUGUUGGGAUCCACCUUCGUGUCUGAAAACCUGUCGUCGAUGCUACAACGGCGGUGUGUGUGAUGACAAGUCUGGUACUUGUGUAUGUCCUCCAGGAUUCAAUGGAGACAGUUGUGAGCGAGCACAUGGUCGUCAUAUUUUUGGCAAGACUGCUGAUCAGCGAUGUUCUAGCAGCACUGAUCCACACCACGACGCUUGCCGGGGGCGUUUGUUCUGUCUACCAGACCCUUAUGGAUGCUCCUGUGCUGCAGGUUACAAAGGAUUAGACUGCAUGCAAGACUGUGAUGAUGGGACGUUUGGUGCCGAUUGCAAGCAGACUUGUCACUGUGCUCCAGGAGGAACCUGCAGUAAAGAUACAGGAGAAUGCAGCAGUGGUUGUGCAUCAUCUUAUUUUGGAAGUAACUGUCAGUGUUCACCUCAGAAUGGCGUGCUUGGGCUUGAAGUGACGUCAGGCGACCCCCAUCAACUGUUCGUUACAUGGCAACCAGAUCCAUGCGCUUCCGGCUACGAAUUGACAACCAGGAACGAGUGUGAAGACACUGUAUCUCAGCAAUUGAUACUGGAAAACACUUACCAUCUCGUCACUGGUCUAGAGUUACCAUUAAGCCAUAGAGUUUACAUUCUACCAGUCUACCCAGAUGAUGAACGUGGACCUGAGGUGACAUUUCCACAAGCAACCAAGCCAACAGCAGCCCCAAGUAACGUGAAUUUCACCUCAGCAACACCAUACAGUCUGAGUGUCUCUUGGAGUAAGCCACCUUGUGGAAGCCGAGGUGGCAUCAUCAUAGGCUACACGUACAAACUGACUGAAGUAAGCCCGGAAUCCCAAGUAGUCAUUCGGUCAAUGACAUCAGAGGAAUCGGUGACCAUCGAAGGUUUAACGCCCCUGACUGAGUACAGUUUUCAGGUUGCUGCCAAUACCACUGUGGGAGCUGGACCGUACAGUAAGGCUUCAAGGGAGACGACACUGAAAGUACCCCAAGUGGAUGGCACACCAGUUCCUGGCUCAUCAUCAGCUGUCGCUGGGGGAGUAACAGCUACCGUUGUAAUCCUAAUCCUUUUAGUAAUAGUUGCCAUUGCGCUCUAUAAGAGACAAUCUCGUCCGACAAAGAAGCCGUAUGAUACUGAUGGAGACGUUUCACUAAAAGGAAGAGAUGUACAUUUCCUACCAGAUCCAGUACAGGAGACUCCAUCAAGCGCUCACGCUACAGUUAAUCCUGUGGAGAUAUGUCCUGAUCCACCACCCACUCCAAAGCCCAAGCCUGACCUUAAACCCCGCCGGGUCUCAACCAACUCACCAAAAGAGACCCAGGAGCAGCCUGUGGUGGACGAAGAUGAGGAAGAACUGCCCUACGCUGAGCUGCCCUCGGUACGAGAAGAGAACCUGGCAGAGUACAUCCGAAGCAAAGACAAGGCAGGCGAAAAAGGAUUCCCUAUGGACUUCAAAGGUUUGCCCAAAGGUUUGCUUCAUCCCGCUACCGUGGCAGAAAAACCAGAGAACAAGACAAAAAAUCGCUACGCUAACGUCCUUGCCUAUGACCACUCGCGAAUUGUUCUGCAGCCGUUGGGGAAUGAUCCUCACUCGGAUUACAUUAAUGCUUGCUUCAUAGAUGGGUAUGACAAGACAGACAAGUAUAUUGCAAGUCAAGGACCAAAUAAAGGAUCAUUAGCAGACAUAUGGCGUAUGGUGCGGCAGUAUGACGUGGAUAAGAUCAUCAUGCUCACCAAUCCCGUAGAGAAUGGCAAGGUCAAAUGUCAGCAGUACUGGCCGGAUACUGGAUCUAAGAUUUACUCUGACGUCCAGGUGAAAGUUGCAGAAGAAAAGACAUUUGUCGACUACACGAUUCGCCUUUUUAAGGUUGUCAGUGAUGAAGGAAGCCGUCUGGUGAAGCAAUUUCAUUUCAAAACCUGGCCGGACAUGGAACCCCCUGAGUACCCGACUACUUUGCUCAACUUCAUGCGCGUUGUGAACAAAGAGCAUAACAAAGGCCGAACUGUUAUCCACUGCAGCGCUGGUAUCGGCCGCACAGGGACAUACAUUGCUCUGGACUCCAUGCUAGAUCAGAUGCAGAAGGAGCGACGAGUUGAUGUGCUUGGCUUCAUUUAUCGCAUGAGACAAAAACGAACUAAGAUGGUGCAAACUCCGGAGCAGUACCGAUUCGUUUUUGAUGCCCUGCUAGCUGCCUCCAUGACUGGUAACACAGCAUAUGAAAUUACUGACUUUCGUCGUCAGCUGACUGCGCUUAAAGAGAAGGCCAAGGGUGCUAAGAAAACGGGCUUGGAAAAACAAUUUGAGACCCUGCUCAAACUGCUGGCAAUGAAGCGCAGUACGGAGCGAGAAACUCCGCAGGCUGGACUGCGCCCUGAGAAUGUGGACAAGAAUAGAUUUGCUGAUUUCCCCGCCAAGCAACGUUCCCGGGCAGUAUUGAUGACUAGCGUAUAUAAAAAUGACACCGAUUACAUCAACGCACAUUUCCUACCGGGCUACCACAAGAAGAGCAUGUAUAUCAGUACGCAGAUGCCUAUGCCAAACACCGUAGCAGAUAUUUGGCGCUUGGUGUAUGACUACAAAGUGGGUUGCAUUGUCAUGUUGAACCCGUUGGAUCCAGCUAAUGAGACUAUGUGCCAGUACUGGCCAGAGAAGACAGGUUCGACAAUAGAAUUUGGCCCACUUCUUGUCGAGCUAACAGAGACGAAAGAGUACGACAAUGUAAGACAGCGGGUGUUUACUCUGAGAAACAAGGACCACAAGACUGAAGAGGAACCCCGCACUGUCUGCCAGUUUGAGUGUCUAGACUGGCCCUCCGAUGCGGACAAGCCCACCUCCUUGCACGGAAUGCUAAAUCUCAUGGGACUUACUCAAAAGUGGCUUGACAAGGACACACCCAUCGUGGCUCACUGCAUUGAUGGCGUGGGUCGCAGUGCCGUCUACUGCGCCAUAAUGUCACUUCUGGAGCAGUCUAAAGAGGAGAAGCUUGUAGACGUGUUUCAAGCCGUGUUCCGCCUCCGGAUGGCACAUCACAAUGUGAUGUACUCAGUGGAGCACUACACACUGUGUUACGAGAUUCUUCAAUUGUACUUGGAUUCCAAUGUCAUCUAUGCCAACCUGUAGAAUGCUGACUUGCAGCAACACCUUCACUUCAAGUUGUUAAUUGUUAACAAAAUUCUACUAAGCAAAAUCGAAGCCUCCGUUUACAAAUUUAUUCGUGGUGGGAUUUGUUCUUCAGGUGACUGGGCAGGCAGUUUUUUUACGGGGAAAGGGGGGGGGGCUUAAGCCUUGAACAUUUGCCUUUUCCCCAUGCAAAAAUGAAAACAAAAAGUAGAGAGAGUUGAGAAUGUUUCAAGGGGGCGUCAUGUGCGAAGGGUCUAGCCCCUCCUUCCCCAAAAAGAUGGCUCCUAACCAGUGCCUGUGACUGGGUAUAUUGCAACUUGACCAUUAAUUAAGCACUGUAAUUUCAUUGCAGUAGAAGAUUUGUCGCUGUAAGUGCCUGUAUUAGCAAAGUUUGCGCUGUUGGCUUUUUUAUACUCAAUGCAGUUCUAGUUGCCCUGGGUGUGAAAUGAAAUUUCAGGUUGGUUCUAAAUUAACUUCUACUUGUAUCCAAAAAUGUGAAAGACAAAAAUCAGUUAGUUAAAUGCAAAUACAGCUUCUAAGUAAGUCUCAGUUGAAAAUCAAAAGCCCUUUGAUGAAAUACAUUUCUUGAAUGACUCAUACUUAUUAAAUAAUCAUGUGUGUAAUUUACAUGUGCAUUUCGCAAAAUUAGAUUCUGUUACCUCUAUUUGACGUGCAGUUUAUUUAUGUAAUCUGUGUAAUCGUUGUUUGUGCGAUCGCUCUCCCGUUAACUGUCAUUUAUCAUUGAUAUAAAUAUGGUAGACAGGUAAGAAAGGGUUUGCAUGUUUUGGGAUGCAUUUCCUAGAACCUGUCUUGAUGCAAGCUGUGGAACAGUUUAGUUCAACAUGAAUAUGAAAAAGAUUGUUUUUAAAAUCCUUCUCUUUACCUUGUGUGUGCUAUUUGUCAAGAUGUUUGCUUAUAAAUAAGCUUCAGUUAAGAUUGUGCUGAGCAGAGAGUGCACUGGUUGGAAUACGCUUGUACUCAUGUGCGAGAACAUUUGUAGUCUAGCGUUAAGGACUUUAUCCAUACAUCCCUAAUAAAUAUUGAUUUUCUGCAGCCAAUCAAUCACAACGUUUACUUCACUCGUGCAAAUUGUACUUACAAGUAAACAUGAAUAAUUAAUUAGAUGAACAGAUUGAUCAACUACAUACAAGAAAAGCAACAAGGAAUAAGUAGAAACCAUAAGACCACCACUUUCCUUUCGGGACCAUGUAAAGUUUUCACUGCAAGUGACCUAUUUACUCGGAUGUAAUGAUUAGCGGUCAAUAUAUUUGCUGUUACCAGUAAGCAGUUGCUUAGUUUUAAUAUGCAUGAAAUCUGUAAACGUUAAAAUGCAAUCCUCUACACAGAAUCUUUCCUUGAAAUAUAUUUUAGACGAGUAGUUUUAUUAGGGUUACACUUCCAUUCAAUGAUGCAAAUAGAAGAAUUCAUUGCUUCUCUUAUCACCAAAGAACAUUUAACGCUAUUGUGUAUCAGCAACAAAUUGUGCUUUUGGUAUCUUGAUAUUCUUGCGGUUUUAUAAUUGCCUAAUAAAAUAAAUUUAGUUGGUAAUGAUUGUUUUCAAGAUAAACUCAACAUAACCUCCAAUGCCCAUUGGCUAAACAUGUGAACCAAAUACAUCUACCGUUUCACAAUGUGUUUCUAACGUUCUAGAACUAUGCCGUAUGCCGAUAGGAUCAUGUGUGCAAAUAUAACCGAUAAACUGGAAAAGUAUGGAUGCAUUAAGAUAUAAUUCUCUCAAGGUCUAAGAUUGGUAUUUUCAACAGUUUUAAUGUUUUGGUCGAGCCUUUGUCGUUUACACAUGUGCAGCGUUGGCCUUUAAAAGUAAGCGUUUAAUUAUGCGUCAUUGAAUCUCGUUUAGGCUGACACAGGUUGUUUUUUGAAAGGACCAAGUUUUUUAGGAGCAAAGCCAAUUGGUCCCACGCAAAAGCUGAUAAGUGGUCUUUGUGGAAAAGUCCCGCAAGUCUUCCUUUGCAAUUUUCAUAUUCAGCUUUUCAGAUAGUACAUCCAGAUUGUCCAAUGCUUAUUUUGAAAUUCUUUGAUGUUGGUACUUUUCGCCUGAAAAUAAACCCUAAAACCAACCUAACACCUCAUGUUAAACCGUCUAUGAGAUAUCUAGCUCGAGCAGCAUCACAACUUUGCAACAUCACUUGAAGAAUACUUCCUUUUCUAUAGCGUUACGGGUUUGUCCUGGUCUAGGCUAAGGGAGACUUGUCCCUCAGUGCUCUACCAUAAGCUUGUGGAACUGAACCCACAACGGUGAAGUCCACAGUACUGUAAACCCAAUUGUUUGUUUUGAAAAUGUACAAGUGAAUGUUUUCAUAAGUUCUGUGGCUUUACAUCCAGACACAAAAGAGGUGAAGUCACAUUACGAUUGAGCUAGAGUUUGAAAGACUUGCAUCACUGCACAGUUCGAAGUAAUAACAGAGCUUACCUGAUACUCCAUAAAUUGAGUGAAGAAAUAAAUCAUAACAAGGCCUAGAAAGUCUCCGGUUUCUGGUCAGGGAUAGGCUCAAAAGUGGUGAGGGAACGAG